AUGAAGAUGUGAUUGAUGCAUCAGAACUCGUUUCAACGACUGCUCACUGUCAUACCAGUGGCGACGACACUAACCCUGUUGAUGAUGGUACGAGCUCGAUUGUCUCGAAAAGGAUUGCUAUGGUACAAGCAAGUCGUUCAGACAAGGCUGAAUUCGUCAAAUUGGUUCAUCUAACAGACGGCAACUCAAUGAGAAAUGGUUACCUGUUGGAUUUGCACGUAUCCAUGUUGGGCAGUGAAGCAGAAGAUGAAGAAGAAAAUCAUAGCGAGGAUAUCCAGAUAUUGUUGCAAAAAGUGGAUCGUAGAAUUGAAACGUUACAGCAUUUAGCACAAGACGCCAAGCAAUUUAUGGAAGAUAAUAAAGAAGCCCUGGACGCACUCGCAUUUGACGAUGAAGGGAACGAGUCAUCCCAGUAUUCACCAUGGCCGAGUCCAGCCAACAGCAGUCGUCAACCAUCGAGCAAAAGCAUCCAUAGUAUCAAAGAAGUAGCUGCCGCUGCCGCAGCAGCAGAAGAAAUCAAAAAGAAACGAUCGGCAUUUUCACUCAAUACAACUUCCUCGAGCACUACAACAACAACAUCAUCAUCAUCAUCGCUAACAGGAGGAGGACAGCAAAGACACUAUUCAUCAUCCAUUCGUCGUGUUCCUUCCUCCCUCCUGCUUGAUCCCCAUAAUUUACCUUAUGGGUCUGUCAAUCCAUUUGAUUAUCGGCAAGAAGAAGUGCGAUUGGGCGUAUGUGCACUCGAGAGUGAAAUGACCGAUUUUAAACGUGAAUUACAAGGGACGCAAGAUCUCAUACGCGAUAUACAAAUCGAUAUCAACGAUACCCGACAACGCAUGUCCUUGUACAUAAAAGAUAUCCCAGAAACACAUUACUCUGCUCUUAAAAAACUUGAAGUCGAUGUGGAAUCUAUUCUUGCCAAUCGUGCCAAAAACCCAUGGCUUGAUACUGGUUAUGCCUUACUAUCCUAUCUGCUCACAUUAUUCGCACUUCUUGUCUGGAUCAUUAUCUGCGGUCUAAAAUGGGGUCGAACAGUUAUCUUAUUUCCACGCAAACUUUGGCGAACCUAUACCGAAUAUCUUGUUGAACGCGACAAGGCUGUUAAAAAGGCGAGUCUACGUUCAGUAUCUCCAGGCAGUAAUAGGAACAGUCGUCAUCUCCAUCAUCAUCAUGCUGUUGCAUCCGAUACUUUAUCACGACCGUCACGGCCUCCCUUAACCUCAGCAUCAUCUUCAUCCUUAUCCUCAAGACCCAAGAGUCGUACUAUUGUAAAUCAACACCAUCUUCACUCUCCAUGUUUGGAGCAAUCAUAAUAAUAACCACUAAUUCUUUUGGAGAUAUGAAAGAGAAGAAAGGAACAAGAUGAUAUUUAUA